ACAGAGGCAGUGCAGAUGAAGAGCAGCUUCUAGAAGACAUCAAAAUAGAGGAAAAUAAACAGUGAUCUAAAGUGAUCAGAGAAGAUUAGUUGAAGACUAAAGGAGACAGAAGAAACAGAUUAUCACCAUGUCAGGUACAGUGAGUGAUCUGAGGAUUGUUCUUCUGGGUAACAGCGUUUCAGAAACCAGCAGUGUGGGAAACUUCAUCUUAGGGAGAGAAGCGUUUGAUACUGAAGCUUCAUCUGAUGAACAGCAGUACUGUGAGAGAGUUCGAGGAAAAAAAGUGACUGUCAUCAACACUCCUCUCCUGCUCAACCCAGAUCUCCCAUUACGCCAUUUUUCCCAGGGAGUGAGAGAGUGUGUGUCUCUGUCUGCUCCAGGACCUCAUGUGAUCGUUCUGGUCCUCAAACACGAGUAUUCACAAGAAGAAAAGGAGUGUGCGGAAACAGUGCUCAACUUUUUCUCUGACCGUGUGUUUGAACACACCAUAGUGCUCACCACACAGGAGCCAGAAAGAGUUGAGCUGAAUGAAGUCAAUGAUGUUAUGAAGGAAAUCAUAGACAAGUGCUUUAACCGACACUACAGAUGGGGGAAAAACAGCUCAUCUGCUGAUCUGAUAGCAACAUUUCAGGAAAUUGUUCAGAAGAAUGGUGGGCAUCCCUUGACUUGUAAAAAAGUCAAUGAAGAUUCAGCCCCAGAAAAAGCAGUGCAGUUGGGAAAAGGUCAGAGUUACACAGCUGAAUCUGCAGAAAUGGCAAGUAAUGAACAAUCCAGGAAAUCCAGGGGAAAAAAGCAUGAAGCCAAUGGCAAUGGAGAGGCUCUAAGUGUUGUUAAUGUAAUAAAGAACAAGUGGAGCAAUAAAAUAGAAUAUGGCAGCAAUGAAAACCUGCCCAUCUAUAAACUCUAUCUGGAGGAUAUUUGGCAGAACAGAGAUGGAUUCUGCAAAAGAAGCAGAUUUGGGAAAAACAUCACAAAAGAGAACAAGACUAUUAUGAUGAUCGGAGCCACUGGUGCAGGAAAAACCACUCUCAUUAACAGCAUGAUCAACUACAUUCUGGGAGUGAAAUGGGAAGAUGAUGUCCGGUUUGUGCUGAUAGAUGAAGGACAGCAGAAAUCCCAGGCUGAAAGUCAGACAUCAGAGAUCACAGCAUAUAAAAUUAACCACAUGGAUGGUUUCCGGGUUCCAUAUUCUCUGACCAUUGUGGACACACCAGGCUUUGGAGACACCAGAGGAAUUAAACAAGACCAGAAAAUCACAGCUCAGAUUCAGGAGUUCUUCUCUGCCCGUGGAGGAAUCGACUGCAUUGAUGCUGUGUGUUUUGUAGUUCAGGCUUCACUUGCUCGUCUGACGCACACACAGAAAUAUGUCUUUGACUCCAUUCUCUCCAUAUUUGGGAAAGAUAUUGCUGAAAACAUCCUGAUGAUGGUCACCUUUGCAGAUGGGAAAAAACCUCCAGUUCUGGAGGCCAUCAUAAAAUCUGAGAUUCCCUGUUCUACAGAUAAGUCUGGAGAGCCGAUUCACUUCAAAUUGAACAACUCUGCUGUGUUUGCAAACAUUAAUAAACCUGCAGACGACGAGGACUCUGACUGUGAAAACUUUGACCAAAUGUUCUGGAAGAUGGGAUUUUCUAGCAUGAAGAAAUUCUUCACAUGCCUCAUUAACAUGGAAACCAAGAGUUUAACUCUGACACGAGAGGUCCUGAAAGAGAGAAAGCACCUCGAGUUCCUUGUGGAAGGCCUGGAGCCACAGAUCAAGGCUGGUCUGACAAAGCUAGAUGAAAUUAGGAAGACAAGAGCUGCUCUGGAACAAAACAAGGCUGAGAUGGAUGCAAACAAGGAUUUUGAAUAUGAAUUAGAAGUAACUGUCCCAAAACAGAUAGAAAACACCACUAACUACUUCUUGACCAACUGCCAAAAGUGUCACUACACAUGUCAUGAUACAUGUGCGAUUUCAAAUGACAGUGCUAAACAUGGGUGCAUUGCCAUGAAAGAUGGAAAGUGUACAGUCUGUCCUGGAAAGUGUGCCUGGAAUGUUCACUUUAAUCAGAAAUAUAAAUGGGACUACAUCAAAGAAACAAGAAAGGAAACCUAUCAGGAUUUGAAAAAGCGCUUUGAAGAAGCCCAUGGAGAGGUCAUGACCAAAGAAAAGAUCUUUGAAAAGCUUGAAUAUGAGCUUGAGGUUGUCCAGGAUAUUGUCACUGGACUAAUUAAGGACUCUCAGAAGUCUUUGGAGUGUCUGGAGGAAAUUGCCCUCAAGCCCAAUCCUCUGUCCACCCCUGACUACAUCGAUCUGAUGAUUGAGUCUGAGAAACAAGAAGCCAAACCUGGAUUUCUAGAUCGCAUUCAGUCUUUAAAUGAAGUCAAAGUGAAGGCAGAGAUCAUCAGUAAAGUUUCCACAGGAGGAGCAGUUCCUGAGGAUUUGAAGACAUAUAAACCUGAAACAAGCAGAAAUAAACCCUACGAUUCAAACUACCUGUUCAGAAUGGCAAGGAAGUAUUAUGAUAAAGUUUUUAAGUAACAUAUUUACUUCUCUACAGUAAGGACAGACAACGUUAACAAUAAACAGCAAUUAUCUAAUAUCUUAAUUCUAUUCAGAGAUCAGAGGUAAUAUCUCACAUUCAGUGUUUUAUGUGAUGUUGUGAACAGUUUGAUAUAAUAAUGUUUGUUAUAGUUGUGUUGGUAUUCCAAUAAAAGCCUGUUCAUUUAUUAUCAUCA